AUCAUCAUAGUAAUAAUAAAGGUAAUAUAAUAAUAAUAAUAAUAAUGAUAAUGAUAGUAAUAGUAAUAACAAGAACAACAGUGAAAAAGUAUGAUAAUAAUAAAAAUGAUGACAAUGUUAAUAAUAAUGAUAAUGAUAGUAAUAGUGAUAAUAAUAACAAGAACAACAACAAUAAUGAUAAGAAUAAGAAUAUUGGCAACAGUAACAACAAUGAUAAUAAUAAUGAUUAUAAUAAUGAUGAUGAUGGUUAUUGGUUUAUAUCAAGGGAAACCGAGUCAAUUACAUUUAUAAACCCAAUAAAACUUCAAGGAAAACGAUAGCUUGAACAAGUAGUUAGUCGACUCAUCAAAACAUAACGAUAACGAAAUUAUAUCUCAAAAGUAAAAUAACCAUCAUCAACUACCAUUAAAUCUGCUGAUUAUUGCAUUACCAAUCAUAACCAAAGCAAAGGGAAACCGAGCCACAAAUGGAAGAAAACGGGACGCGCAUCUCAUCAAAAUUUCCCACUAAGAUUUUCUCAUUUUUUACAUGAGAUUUCGAGAACAUCGCGACUCCAUCUCCCUCCCACCCUUGAAAUAAACGGAAGUAAAGUCCUAAUUCAGCCAGUUAUUUAAAAAAAGAGAAAGAGAAUGGACCCUUCUGCCAUGGUGGAGCUUCCUGCCUACGAAUUUCCUCCACCUUUUGUGCCCAGAAAGGAGCGCCCGCAUCACCCAGACUACAACAAUGACCUGCAGCUAUUUCUUGUACGGACGGUGACCCUAAUACGAGCAAAAGUAUCAGAUGCUCUUGGCUUCAACAUUCGAGGGGGGAAGGAACAUUUCUGCGGCAUUUUCCUCUCCAAAGUGAUGCCUAACACGGAAGCAGAGAGACUAGGGUUGAGAGAAGCGGACCAGAUUAUUUCUGUGAAUGGGACGAAUUUUGAGGACAUUGAGCAUGCCAGAGCUGUACAAAUUCUCAAGUCCAACACAGAGAUAGUCAUGCAACUGCGGUACUUUCCAUAUGGUUACAAAAAGACAUAUGAAAAAGUUCAAAAUGCUAACAUGGGUAGGGCUUCCAGCUGACAAAUCACUCCCUUUGCAAAUGACAUAGAUAACAUUUCAUAGUUUUUAUUUGAAAUAAGGAUUAUAAAUAAAUGUAAAUGAUAACUUAUCAUCAGAUAUAAUCAAGAAGAUGAUUUUAAAAAGCAACAUAAGAACGAAGAAAAAAUAUGGUAUUAUAAAUUAGGUUAUAAUCAGCCUUGAUACCCUCAACAAAUAAAUUUUUAAUUACUUUGGCAUAGUUUACAAAUAAAAGGAUCAAAAAUGUAAAAAAAAAGUACCAGAAAGUACUUAUUUUAGUUCUGUUGGAAAAGACAACUUUUCAUUAGCAUACAAUGGUAAUUCACGAGUGAAUGUCAACUUGGAGUAAAACAUUUUCAGCACAAAAUAUUUUUGACGAACGUACUGAAAAAAAAAAAAAUCAAA